AUGGCGAAACGUAUCGGCAUGGGCGUUAGAUGGUCACAGUUGAGUAAACAUAUGCAGGGAAAAUUCGCUAAUGUUACAAAGGACCAGGUUGUGCAUUCUUCAAAUGUCAUCAAGACGGCAUUCAUAUUACCUACAGCGACUAUUUCGAGAAAUAUCUUAGAACGUUAUCCUGAAUAUCGACAGAUACACGAAGUAAAAGAUUUCAAGGAAUUGUUUGAUCCUCGGUUUUCGAUGGUAGAACUAGACAUGAAAAAAGACCAAUUAAGAGCUGGUUCACAGGUCAAGGUCAAAGUCCAUCUUUAUAACGGUUACAAUCAGUCCAUGACACGAGGAGGUGACCUGCUCAACAUCUGGCUUCGGGACGUGAAAGGGGAUUCAUAUGUUGCUGGUUACGUAGACGAUCACAUGAAUGGUACUUACACUGGUCACGUGAUGGCUUUUUGGGCAGGAAAUGUCACUAUAAAAGUAACAGUCACCAGCACAAAGGAGGGAAUCGGAUUGUAUACUAAUUAUGUACAUAAAUACGGUUCUUAUAAAUUUAUCAGCGGAACAUUUUCAAAAAACGACAAAUCUGAAAAGACUCUCUGUGCACCAACGAAUACUAGAUGGUUAGACAGAAAGUACAGGGGAUUGUGUAACCUAACAAAGGAAAACUACAAUAUUUCUUUAUUCUGUGGGAAGCCAGACGACAUUCCGUGUAGGAACUGGGUAACGUAUGGCUGGAACGAAUCACUGUUUUACGAUGGGUAUACAAAGAAAAUUCUAAGUCACAAGGACCUGCUUUUGAAACAGAUUCAAGUCAACAUUGCUCCAAGUUCUAACGGCCAUCUAGACUACCCAUUGCCUAAAACGCCAUGUAACGUUUUGCCUCGUGAAUUAACAUGGAACAGCACUGUACCAUCUGGAUUCACCUACAGAGGAAUUUAUUAUAACCUUAUAUGCCAACUUACAAUGAACCAAACCAAGCCGCAAUAUCGAGCAUGUCUUAAAGACCGACAAGUUAUUUCGAUUGGUGAUUCAACAACUAGACAAUGGUACUAUCGCCUUCUUUCCAUAUUAGGAUUUGAAAUCAAAGCUGAAAAUACUUUUAAUAAGUUUGUUCAAAUACAUAACAAAACACUGGGACUUGACCUUGAAUGGCAACCACACGAACUUCCCUUCCAUGGGGUACCGGGUUCAGACAGGAAGGUAAUUAAAUCGGUAGCUUUCAGAUUAGAUAAGAUACCAGCUAACAGCAAAGCCAUUGUAAUUAUCCACUGGUAUGCUCAUAUUGUCAGGUGUUGUGACCACAUAGCAUUACGGCAACACGUGCGCAAUGCAAAGGAAGCCAUUGUGAGGUUACUGGCGAGAUCCCCAGAUGUUAAAAUUUUUAUUAAAGGUCCUCACCUUGUUACAUAUUUCAAUGCCCGAAAGCCUUAUAAAUUCGUUGGUAUGUUCGUGGAACAGGUUUUGCUGGAAGAAUUCAGUGAUUUACUAGACAAACUUACUUACUUAGAUCAGUGGGACAUGUCGGUGGCUGCAGAAAACGUGAAUAUUCAUCCAGAAAAUACGAUGGUAAAUAUAUCACUGAACAACCUCAUGAAUUUUGCAUGUAACAUACCUUAG